GGGGAGGAAGAGAUGGGAGAAGAGAAAGAUGACGGCUCUUUCGUGCGUGGAGGAGGACGUGCUGCGCUGCUGCGGCAGCAAAAGGUUCGCCAAGGAGAUCGUCUCGGCCUCCCCCUUCACCAAUCUCGACCACGCCCUCCGAUCUGCCUGCGACAUCUGGUUCGACAAGGUCUCCCCGUUGCCGUAUUCCUAGUUCCUCUUCCCGUUCUUCUCUCUAGCCUGUUGUGAUUCCAUCUCCCUCUUGAUUUCUAAUGAAUCUUGUACGUCGACGCCGUCGGAUGACCCGAGGCUUUCGCGGCUCACCCGGCGAUCGGAGCCGCCUCUCCUUCCGUCUCCCAAACGAUUCCGCCUUGCAAGAAUUGGUGGAAUGGAAUUUUCGGUACAGGGAGAAGUUUGGGUUCGUGUUCCUCAUAUGCGCAUCUGGGAGGGGCACGACGGAGAUCCUUGCUGAAUUAAAGAAACGCUACCUGAAUAGGCCCAUUGUCGAACUUGAAAUAGCAGCACAAGAGGAGAUGAAGAUAAUUGAAUUGCGUCUUGCUAGGCUUUUUAAUUCUGAUGCUGGAUCAAACAUUCCAGUCACAACUCGUCUUCCUGUUAGUUCUCCAACUAAGUAGUAACGUCUUCAUUUUCCUGAUGUUUUAAACAAGGAGAAUCUUUUUUUUUUUUCCAGUUAUCUUUGUCACACAAUUGAUCAUUUUCUUCUCACUUUUACUUGUAUAACUGAAUGUCUAUUGGAGGUAUUUGAGAAUAAAUAAUUGCCGUUGAAAUUCAAUAGUUUAGAUA